AUGGACCAUAACUUGGUUUUGGUGUCAAAUCCUGGAAGCAACCGGAAGAAGAGGAAGACAACGACGACGACGCCGCAAUCGACCCCAAAUCCGUCACUUCCCGAUGAUUUGCUAUUGUUAAUCAUCGCACGCGUCCCAAUAUUAUACUAUCCGAUUCUCUCACUGGUCUCCAAGAGCUUUCGAUCUCUCCUGUCUUCACCGGGCCUUUACAAGAUACGGUCACUCUUGGGACGCAUGGAGAGUCGUCUCUAUGUGUGCAUGGAUAUAUUGCCUCCAGGAAAGGGCCCUGCCUGGUUCACCCUCUGCCGGAAACCUGAUCGAACCCUUAGUGAUAAGGAGGAGGAGAUGAAGUCAAGUGGUUAUGCUUUGGCUAGAGUCCCAUUUCCCCAUUCUCCUCUGGUCACGAAUGGAAACCUCGUGGCGGUUGGUUCUGAUAUCUAUAACCUUGGAACCCCAUCCAACGGUAAAGCGUCCUCCUCUAGUGUCUGGAUUCUGGAUUGUACGUCUCACACGUGGCGCGAGGCUCCAAGCUUGCCAGUGGAGCUAAGUAGUACAGUCACUGCUAGCGUCCUUGAUCAAAAGAUAUACGUAGCAGGAUGGUACAAAGCAGAUGAUGCCCCGGCGGAUUAUUCCAUGAAGAACUCCUUCACGGUUUUAGACACAACAAAAACACAACAAGCCUGUGAUCUGGUGCCUAUCCAUUGCAGCUUGGCACAAGGCAAGCUUAUCACCCUAAGCACAUGUAUUGGCGGAAAAGUCUACGUGGGGAAUUGGGGGAUCAUGGUUGGUUACAAUCCAGUGGAAGGUUGCUGGGAAAACGUUGGACAAGCCAUGUCUCAAUAUUUGCUUUCAGAUUGUUAUUGCGAGAUAGAUGAUGUUUUGUACUCGCUUGCUUCUGACCGAGUUCUGAGAUGGUAUGACCCUCAGGUAAGAACGUGGAGCAAUGUGAUGGGUUUGGUAGGACUACCCAAGUUACCUCCGGAUGAUCCUUUUGUUAAAAUGGCUAAUUAUGGUGGAAAGCUAGUUGUUUUGUGGAACCGCCCUCACGUCAGUACGGAUAUGCUUUGGUGUGCGGAGAUUGCGCUUGAAAGGCGCAAUACUUGUGAAAUUUGGGGGAAAGUUGAGUGGUAUGAUCCUAUGGUUGAGGUCCCUACGUUAGUGUCUAUCAACAAGGCUCUCUCUGCUACUCUCUGAUGAAUGUGUUUCAGAAUGCUUUAACCCUCUCUGAAUGCUUGAACCGUUUCAUACUUUACUUUUGUAUGGUGUACUCAUCAGAAUGCCGUCUCAUACUUUUGUAUGGUGUACUCCUCUUGUAUGUUGUUUUAUUCUAUGCUACUCUAGUAUGUAUGCUGUUUUAUUCUAUGAUGGUACUUUAGUAUAAUUAUUAUUGGCUUUUGAUUUCGAUUUGUUAAGUUUAUUUAUUU